GUGAUAUCGUUGUUUCUUACUGUACAAUUUGGCUGUUACUCAUAUUUCGUCUCGUAUUAAUUUGGUUAUUUUUUUGUAUAAUUUAGAUGAUUAAAGUGUUUAAGUUUUUCUCAUAUAAAAUAUAAAUUAUUCUCAUUAGUUUUUUGAUUUGUUCAAUUUUUUGUAUUAUUAAUUUAAUGCCUAAUUAAAUGUGAUGUUCAUACUUGUGAUCAAAAGAUGAAUAGUCGACCGUCUUAUUAUCAUAACCCUUCAUUGUUCUCUAAUAAUUCACUAGCUAUAUGUAAAGAAAUUCAACGAUUUGAAAGCGUUCAUCCGUCUAUCUAUGCCAUAUAUGAUUUAAUUGAUCUCAUACCAGACCCUAUUGUCGCUCAACAGAUCCGUGAUCAUGUAGUUUGCAUAGAAGAUUCAUUCGUGAAUAGUCAAGAAUGGACCUUGGCCAGGACUGUACCAGACUUACGUUUGGGCAUCGUCGGAUCGCUUUCAUCUGGAAAAUCGGCUUUAGUCCACAGGUAUUUAACCGGAUCGUACAUGCAAGAGGAAAGCCCCGAGGGCGGCCGAUUUAAGAAAGAAAUAUCUGUGGACGGCCAUAGUCACCUACUAUUAAUACGAGACGAAGGGGGUUCACCCGAACUUCAGUUUACCGCGUGGGUGGACGCUGUCAUAUUCGUUUUUAGCUUGGAGAGCGAGACCAGUUUCAAUGCGGUUUAUGGUUAUUACACAAAAAUGGCACAUUACCGCAAUUCAGCUGAAAUACCUUUGAUUUUAGUCGGCACUCAGGACGCUAUAAGCGAAACGAAUCCUCGAGUGAUUGAUGAUACCCGCGCCAGAAAGUUGGCCGCAGACCUCAAGAGGUGCUCGUACUAUGAGACAUGUGCAACCUACGGUUUAAACGUCGAUCGAGUUUUCCAAGACGCUUGUCAAAAAAUUAUUCAACAACGACUGUCAGCGUCAACUAAUUGCCUAUCGGACUCGCGUUGUUCCACUCCCGGAUCAUCCACGACACCCAUAAGCAGCUGUGGUCCAUCGUACAAUCAGUUGGCAUCACCCGGUUCACGGACCUUCUCCCAAGCGUCUUCGCCGUCUCCACCGGUACACGGCGUUUCUCCAGCACAUCACAGCGCGUUCAAGGAAUCCGUUCUCCGUUCGAAUCUGUCGUCCUCUUUAAAUCGUCAGCCACUGGAACUUUCCAUAGCGUUAGACAACAACAAUGUUUCCAAAACAUUCGACGGAUUUUCUUCAUCGAAAGAUUUGCCCACGCCUAGUUCCACUCCUACAACUACACGCAAGACAAGGAGGAGGUCUAAUUUAUUUAAUCCGUCCAAAAAAGAAGAAAAAAAUCGCGUCCUGACCACUAGCGAAUUGGGUAGCGGUCGCGCAAUUCCUUUAAAACAAGGCUACUUGUACAAACGUAGCAGUAAAGGAUUAAAUAAAGAAUGGAAAAAGAAAUAUGUGACUUUGUGCGAUGACGGUCGGUUAACGUAUCAUUCGAGUUUACACGAUUACAUGGAAGACGUUCACGGCAAAGAGAUAUCUUUGCAAUAUGUAACAGUAAAAGUACCUGGCCAAAAACCUAGGGGUUCUAAAACCAUUAGUUCAUCUUUGAGCAAUCAUAGCAAUGGGUUAUCUGAACACUUAUCAAACAUUUCGAUUUCGAAUUUUCAAAUGAAAGAUAAACGCAAUGCUGACAAAGUGUUGCUGACUGCCUUUGAAUUACUAAAAGAGCCUGGUUACAAAAACGGAUCCAGCAAUGAAAAUGAAUCAACCAUUGGAAUUACUAAUACCUCAUUAUCAGUAAAUAAUGGCGAACUUAAAGCUGAAACACCCAAUGUUAAAAAAAGACACAGAAGAAUGAAAAGCAGUAAUAUGAAAAAUCAAGACUGUGAUGAUACAGAUGGCUAUGAGUUCCUUAUUGUUUCAUUGGAUAACAAACAAUGGCAAUUUGAAGCCAACAGUUCUGAAGACCGAGAUGAAUGGGUUGCUGCGAUUGAACAACAAAUUUUAAAUUCUUUACAAAGCAAUGAAAUUAAUAAAGUCAAUGCUAGUGGUAAACUCUGUUCAUCUAAUCGUUCUGAAGAUGUGCAAAGUAUUCGAACUAGAGUGCCUGGUAAUGGUCAGUGUGCAGAUUGUAGUGCCCCUAACCCUGACUGGGCUAGUUUAAAUCUUGGUAUUUUAAUGUGUAUUGAAUGUUCUGGUAUUCAUCGUAAUUUAGGCUCACAUGUUUCUAAAGUUCGUUCUCUUGAUCUUGAUGGAUGGCCACCAUCAAACCUCAAGGUUAUGAUGGCAAUUGGUAAUGAUAUGGCAAACUCUGUAUGGGAAGGAAAUGUUAGACCUAACCGAACCAAACCAAAUCCUAAUUCCAGCAGAGAAGAGAAAGAACAAUGGAUACGUAACAAGUAUGAAAAUAAAGAGUUCCUACCCGCAAUAAACCAAUCACCAAGUCUGUCUCAACAGCUCAUUGAUGCAGUUUGCAGAAGUGACAUAAGGGCUAUUAUAUUUAUACUUGCCCAUGCCACAGCUGAUCAAGUUAAUUGUGUUAUUAGUCAUAGAGAUUUACGCACACCGCUUCAUCUAGCCUGUUCAAUGAUUAAUCUACCUCUAGCACAGCUACUUCUAUGGUAUAAAGCAAAUGCUAAAGCAGUUGAUCAUGAAGGUCGUACAUGCAUUCAACAUGUAAGAACAGCUUGUCGAAAUGGUUCAACUUCAAUUCAAGAUGCUGGUCCAUUAACCGAACUCUUAGUACAAAAUGGAUGUCCAGAAAGUAGCACAAGUACACUUACAAGACCCUUGGAUAUACUUCCGUCCAGUGUUAUCUAAUUACUUUAACAGUGUAUUAACCAUAUAUUAUAGUGAUACAAACUAUAAAAACCACUGUGAUAAUAUAUAAGUACUAAUUAUUAACUGUAACAUUCUAUAAUAUAAAAUAUAUAGUAUCAUGUUCAUAAGUGUCUAGUCUUUUGUUCAAUUAGCUUGUACCAGAGUGAUGAGACAAAUUAACAAAUGGGCAGUGACCAUAUCUCUUUUCUGUGUUCUGUAUUAUUAUUUAUUAUUGAUAAUUACUAAUUUAUUUAACGAAUAUGUGUUAAAACUUUUUAUUGUAGACUUAAUAACCCUGUAUGUGUAUUAAUUUAAUACUGCUAUGUAAAUAUGAGAUAUAGAUGGAUGUAUUAAAUGAGUUUUUUAAUGACACAAAUGUGUAUAUGUAAGCAUAAAACUUUAUAAAUUUUAGAUAUUAAUUGUUUGUGAAUAUGUUAGUACUUAGAAUAUUAUAGUUUAUACAUACUGUUUGAGAUAAUGUCUCAGUCUUUUUAACAGACAUAUUUAUGUAAUAAAGUAUAAAAUGAUUUUAUGUAGACAAGUAA